CUGCAGUGAGUAGUGCGCAAAAACAAUCGAAGAUCUUGCUGGCACGAAAUAGUGCAGAUCUUGGAAAUGAUGAAAUCUUUUUUCAUUGGUACAAAUGAUAUGCAGUAGGGUCAUCAAGAUUCAAAGAUCAUCAAGAACAAACCCGGCAGGUGGACAUGUUUUGUUCUGCAGCUGAAAAUACCCUCUUGCUCUUCUCGAACGCAGAUAUUCUUUUCCUUUUUAGCGCAGUGAUUGAUAGUAUUAAAGGGGAGUGAGACCACGCGCACAGUUCCUCUUUCGCUUUCAGCUAGAAGUCCUUUUCCUGUACCUCAAAAGAGUUUAGGUAGCGAUUGUCGAAUCUUCGGCACUUUUUACUUUGUAUUCGAACCGAUUUUCGACGACACACGCAAAACAACGGUGGUGAAAUAAAGUUUCAGCAAUAUACUUCUGAAAGAACCGAAAUCUUAAACCAUCAUGGGCAAAAGCGCGAAGUUUAUGCGAGUGGCUUCACACGAGAAGCAGAAGCGCGUUUUGAAGAACAAGGACUGGCGAGACAACGGGCUGAAACAGGCCAGAAUAGACGCGAAGAGGGAAAAACGGAGCAAGGCCGCACUGGUUUUCGGAACUGAAAGGAGGACAGAGAAGGGAGAAUCUGGAAUAAGUAGUACGAAGGCAAUUAGGGCGGACCCGACGGCCGCUCAAGGCACACCAGGAGGUACGUAGUUGUCACUUUCUGGAUAGAAGUUCUCUACGAUAAUCUUCUUAGAAGAGAGUUUAAAAGUUGAGUUCCAAGAAGAGCAUCAUCAAAACCAGAAGAUAUGGUGCUGUUGUUUGUCAUUGUCAUACUCCUAGCUUCGCACAUCACAAAGACACUGACUACAAUCUUGUUACAACAGGGCUUCCCUUCGGGUCUGAUAUGAUGGCGAAAAUGCGGGCAAACGUAGCAGAGCAAGCUGUAGCGAAGGACGGGAACAACAAACCGCAUCAAAGUGGGGCCAACAUUAUGACGGGACAAAAGCCGAAGUCGAAGAAAGUGAAAAUGGGGAAAAUCAAACUACGACAGGCGGCAUAAAUAUCCUAGAUGCAGCUCGAAGAUCAUGAGCAUGCGGGACACAUCAUAAACGACAAAUUUUUCCGCCUGACAAGAAUUGCACGAAGUCAAGAGCAGCACACUGUAACUGUUUCAAGCAGCUGUCAGAAAUAAUUCAGUAGGCGCAAUAGCGAAGCAUAAGCAGAUAAUGACUCUGACAUCUUGUGGCCAUGUGUGCAGUGUCUCGGGACGGCUCUACUACUGCAUAGGUCUAAGCAGAUGUGCCCCAGUAUGCUGCCGAUGUUGUUCCCAUGAAUUGCCGCCCUUCAUCAUGAUCAUCAUCAUGUGAUUUAUUUCGGAAGUAGGUUCGUCAACUGUCUCUGUCUCCCAGCGGUUUUUUUGCCUGAGAAAGGAGUUAUAACUAGACAUCCAUCGUGUACUAGUAAACCAGAAAGUGAAACGUCGACAUUGCAAGUUUGUACUGAGAAUUGCCGAAAACCGUAAGGAAGAACUUCGUACACCAUCCGACGAC